AUGGCCACCCCACCGAAACACUCUUCACCCUCAGAUGGGCGGAAGUCGCCCAGUAACCGAAAGGUCCCUCAUGCCCUGACAACAACCUUCUUCGCAAAAUCAAAAAAAUCCGGAGAGGCGAGAAGUCCUACAUUCCCAUCACCUACGAUUCAGAUGAGAGGCUAUAGCAACAGACAAGGUGGUGGUGAAGAUGUGGGAAGCAGCGAGAUGAGAUCAGAGCCUAUCGGUAUCCCACAAUCUCCAAGCGUUGCAUCAAACCGGCCAAAGAAGCUCGCGCCUAAUACAUUUAACUCUCAUUACCGGACAAUAUCGCGAUCUAUGAAUGAUUUGGGGAACAUCUUCUCACGCGGCCGAUCUCCUCCAAAUCGAGAACCUUCUCCACGGCGUACUGGUGGUGGGCCGUUAAAUACGCUUCCAGAAGGAAGACGGAAGGACAAACCUGACUCUCCUAGAUUAAGGACUAUAGAAAGUGGAAGUGUUCCCUCAAUAUCAGUAAUGCAACACGGGGAAUAUGUCUCCCGAGAAUCGAUUGUGAAGGAAGGUUGGGUGAAUAUGAUAGAUUCAAAUUCCGUCAAGAAAGGUCCCUUGCGCGAGGCGUGGAAGCUCCAGCACAUUAUUAUCACUGGCGGGUAUCUCAUGCUCUACAAACCAUCAUCUAGUCUACAGAUAAGAUCUUUCGAUAUCAGUGCAGUUCCAUCAAGCCCACCGAGGCCUCAAAGUGCCCCUGCCACAGCUGCAGCCUCGUUUAAUGUCUCGACUCUCCGGCAUAAAAGUACCAGCAGGCAUCCAGAACUAGUUCUUGGUGCAGAUGGUGCAAUUCUAGGUGGAACAGUUGAAGCCCUUUGCCAUGAACUGAUGUUUACGGAUAACGAGAAUGACCAGUUUAUCCAAGGUGCAACUCGAACUUUAGCUGGUUGGGCAAGCCCGGAAACUGCUCUGUCGAUUUUUAUAGAGCUUACAACCUUGAGAGAUUUGUCUGCUAGGGUUGCAUGGGUUCUCACUUUGUUCAUUGAGUCUGCCCCCGGAAUGCUACUGGAACCUGGUUGCUACAACUCUGCACGGCUUUUGCUUGAGAAAGGAAUAACUCCACAUAACCCUGACCUUGCAAAAGACCUGAGGGCUGGGAUAGAGGCUAGGGCCAGUCGUUUACAAGAAGAAUUAAGCGCUCCUGCUGACCAAAUAAAAGAGCCCUCAACGCCUAGCUCUACUGAUAUAUUCAGUACACUAUCAACAUCACUCCCCACGGAAGAAUUUAUGCGACUAAAUCCUGAGACCUUUGCCACUCAAGUCCAUCUUUUUCACCUCAAGUACCUUCAAGCGUGGAACCCAGAAAAUGAUCUCUCACUGCUUCUCGCGUCACCUCAUCUACCUCCGCCCACACACAGAAACCCUUUAAUAUUCACAUCAACUAAUAUACAUUUCCUUGGUGAGCGAGUACUUAGCCAUGUAUUGUCUGGAGAUUCAACGGCCAAUUCAGUUGAUCGACGUGCUUCUAUCUUGUCCCAAUGGCUCAAGGUCGGAAGUCUGCUACGGAAAAAGGCCGAUAUGGUUGGAUACUUGGCUAUAGUGAUGGCAGUAUUAUCUCCCCCCAUUCUUCGGUUGCGUGAGACAUGGAGUUUACUCGAUAAUUCCUUAAUUGAAGACAUAGAGAAUGGUGCAAAACUUAUGAGGAUUUUGGAGAGACGACGCCUUGAAGAAAGUGAUAGCUACGAUCAUGGCCGCAUACUAGUUCCAGAUUUAUCGGAAGAGGGAUUGUUCUUGUCGGAGGUUGUGCCGUAUUUUGGAGACUUAUGUCACUGCAUGGAUGAAGCAUAUGCGAGCCGUGUUCGGAAUGUCGACUAUCCUAAAUUUAUUCAAGGAAUGGAAGCCAUUUUCAAUUCAUUAGAGAAAUGGAGAGAAGAAUGGGUUGACGCUGGUUUGGGCCUUGAUCGCGUGGAGAAGAAGACACCUCGGGAGGUCGAGCAGAUACAAAAAUGUCUUUUUACUUUGAACCUCAACAACAAAACACCCCCCUCUACAAACUCUACAACUUUUUUCGAUAUGUCUUUGGCAUGUGAGCCCUCUUCAACUGGGAUGUAUCUCCAUUCGCAUUAUCACCAGCGCCUUCCUCUUAGUACCGGUGCCCAUGUGCCGCUCGUCUUCACAGAUGUUCUUCCCAGCUUCUCUUUAUUUGAUAGAGAAGAUACUUUGGCAAUUUCAGGCUCCCUUCACAAAAAGACACCAAGCUCUGGGUUAGCAUCACCAAGUUACGGCCCUGGGGUACAGUCACAGCAGCAAUCCGGGCCUUCUCAAUCCAAUCAGAACCUGAGACCACCAACUUCCUCAGGCCAACAAAUUAUUAGGCGCACACGAUCUUUCCCGCCGUCCAAUGACACAUCACAAACAACUGGAUAUGAUGACCUUGACUAUACAACACGAGAGAGGACUGCAGGGCUACACGGUGGGGAUAAUGCAAUGUUACGUGCAAUUCGAGAUGUUGCUGGAGUGGGCCAACAAUUGUUUUAUUCAAAAGAUGGCGAAUUGGUGUUGAAAUCGAUUACUGAGGACGCAUAUUCAUCAAGGCCUUCAAGCGUCAUUGAAACUACUAACAAAAGAGUGAGUGGUUCAUCUAGAAGAAUAUCGGCACAGGUUUACAGUAACAGCACGUCACCGCGUAUAUCGGCCCAUGGAGAUAUAAGCGUACCACAAACGCCUGUUCGUGGUGGUUUUGAACUCGAAAGCUUCAUGCCUGUGGUGUCUAAAGGAGGGACCCUGGAAAGAUUAGUGGACAUUCUGGUCUUAGGUGUGGAAGAUUUUAGUAAACGGAUGAACGCUUCUGAGAGCAAUUCACCGCCACCAGAAAGGCCACCUCUACUCAAAAUGAACAUGGAUGUUUUUACAAUAACUUUCUUCGCCACGUUUCGGAGUUACUGUUCACCCAUAGUUCUUAUUGAUUAUUUAAAGAAGCGUCUUCUCGGGUCAAAAUCAGCUGCAACCUUAUCUAACGACGAGAGUGAUGAUGUCGUGUUUCCAGAUUGGACUGGCCCGGAUAAUAUCAGUGAUGAGCGUAUAGAUUGGAACCUUGUCGCAAGGAUUCAUAUCGGGAUUCUGGAGGCGAUGAAUAUCUGGAUAUCUGAAUUCUAUAUAGAUUUUCAUUCUGACCAAACUCUGGGGGAUUCCUUUGUCUCCUUCCUAAGCAUUGCCUCGAAGGAAUUAUCAAACUGGAGAAACCUUGGGCCUGAACAUGGCUAUCUUCAGAGACAAGCCGAUCAGAUAAAUGACCUUUGGUAUGAUAUCCGGGCCAAGUUUGCAAAACUCAGUUUUACGCCUCUGCGGUACCCAAUCCAACCAACACCACCUCAAACCCCGGAAGAGCUAGAAAUCCGUCACACGAAUGAUAUUUCUGUAAUCGAGGAUUUUGUGGAAAAGCUUGAGCGAAAGGUUCGCGACUUGUUUCGUAUGGUUAAACUGGUCGAUUGGAUGGUGGCCUUUGAGAUUUUUGAAACACAGAGCUCUGAGCCCCUUGGAUUCUUCGCCUCAAAAGCUUCGCCUAUGUCUCACGAUGAUGAAGAAGUUCUCCAAGAUAUCUUUUCCCUAUUAAGCAGCAUACGCCAGGGUAACUCGUCGAUUCCAGUAUUAGACACUCUCCCGAAGUCUCUAAAAGAACUAUGUGGAUUGCGGACAGAUAUAAUGAACUGGGUUCUUGCACAGAUUGUGGACCCUGGACUCAACGCCGAACGGCGAGCUCACCGGAUAUCUACACUUCUGAAAUGCUUGGCAAUAUCUCGAAAACGUAUGUCUGGGAUGGACUUGAUUGAAGACUAUCAGUCUGGGGCGACCCGUCAACAUGUGCCUUCUUUCGUUGCUGGUGCCAUAGCGGCUGCGCUUGUUGACUCCUUAGAGGCUGUCAUUCCGAAGGAGAUUAAGGGAGCACAAUGUACACAACCUAUGACUCCCUGCGCUGGGUGGAUUAUGGAGCGCUUGUUGGAGAUUGUUUGUUACGUACCCAACAUGGUCGUGGAAAAUAAUCGCCUCAUCAACUUCGACAAACGCCGCUAUGUUUAUAAUUUUAUUCAUAAUUUCACCAAUAUCAGUUCUCAAUCGCCGCUUCAAGAAAACUUUCCCUCGCAACUAACACCUAUUUCGCUCCCAGCUCCGCGUGGUUUUGAUAUGCGGGCUAUCAAGGAACUUUCCAACAGGGAAAACGCGCCGAUCAAGAAUACUCGUACAAAGAUUUUCUGGCGACUCCUGCAUCAUGAGCAGGAGAAGGUUAGGCGUGAUGCAAAGCAAAAAGACGCCAUUGAAAGAUUACAGCGACAGCAGCAAAGGGCGGAGCAUCGCCGCCAACCAACAGCAAUCAAAAUUGAUCCCGCUGAUAAACGGAGUGGAAGGCGACUUGGUGUAAACUCCAUAUUCAAAGCUGUGCGGCCCAUAUCGAUGGCUUUUACGGGUGGAUGGACGCCCCCUCAAUCUUCCGCACGAAUAGUGGCCCCUGGAGAUCUACCUACGCUAAAAGGCGUUGAACAUGGUAAAAAGCCUUCUUCGACGAUAGACCUUACGACUGUGGCAUCUGUGUCCUGCCCUAAGACUACCCGUGAUCAUUAUAUGUGGAGAGUUAGAACCGACCAUGGUAUCUCAUACCUAUUUCAAGCCGUUUCAGAGAAAGAGUUGGAGGAAUGGUUGAAAACGAUUGAAGUUAUCCGUGGAAUUGCCACGAGUGAUGGCGGAGAGUCCGUCGAUGGCCUUACUAUGACAUCCCAAAACCGUACCCCCCAACCAGUCUUUGGAGUCUCCUUAGAAGAUCUCUGCAGACGUGACAAUGUCAAAGUGCCGGUUGUAGUUGAAAUGCUAUUAGGGGAAAUUGAAUUGCGAGGCAUUAAUGAGGUUGGUAUUUAUCGUGUACCAGGUUCACUUUCGAGCAUCAACGCAUUGAAAUUAGCCCUCGAUUCUGGAGAAUAUGUUCAAAUGGAUGAUGAUCGUUGGUAUGACAUAAAUGCCAUCGCCGGGGCCUUUAAAAUGUUUAUGCGUGAGCUUCCAGAUCGAGCUUUGGGGGCCGAAGCCCUUCAACAGCUCAAAAAUGUCACUGUCAACAUCACAAAUGAGGAUGAAAGAGCAGCAGCCUACCGAGAAGUGAUGGUUCGUUUACCUUCUUGCAAUUAUCACUUCCUUCGCCGUGUUUAUGUGCAUUUCAACAGAAUUGCUAGCAACGCUACUAUUAAUAAGAUGCACGCCGUAAAUCUCGCCAUUGUCUUUGGGAUGGGCCUUUCUCCCACCAAUCCAAAUAUGCCCUUAGGAGUUUCACCGGAUCUUGGGCUGUAUCAAACAAUGGUUAAGAUCUGGAUUACGCACACCGAUUUGAUAUUUCCUGAGGUUGAGGACGACGAUGAUCAUGAAUCAAUAUCAGCAACGCAGGCCGAAUCGUUGGAUAUGCAUUCCUCCGAGCCCUCAUCCCCUGCACUAGAGCACACUUCCACAAACUCCCCAAGGAUGAGCAUGGACGAUAAACGGCCAGAACUAAAGGCCCUGGAGGGGUUAGUAAUCUGA